UGUUAAUUUUACAAGAAAAGGCUAAACAGGUUGCAGCAACUUUAAAAAUUCAAAAUUUUGCUACAUCUGAUGAAGCCGCUAGUGCCCCUAUUGAAAAAUUACCUGAAUUUCAUCAAUCUUUACAAAAUGAAACAUCAAAUUAUGAUCUAGUAGAUAUUUAUAAUUGUGAUGAAAUGGCACUUUAUUGGCUUUUAGAAUCUUCAAAAUCACUUACACAUAGUCGUAUUUUAGGAGUUAAAAAGCCAAAAAAUCAUUUAUUAUUACAAAACCAAAUUGCCGUAUUUGAUGAAUCAAACCUUACUAAUCAACCUCCAGAUUCUGUUACAAUUUAUGAUGCAAUUCAAUUUGUUUUACAAGCUUGGAAUAAAGUUUCUGAAGAUGUAAUUAUUCAUUUGUGGCAAAAAACAGGUAUUCUUCCUUCUACGGAAAUUGAUGAAUAUAUGGAUUCAGAAUUUCUUGUCGAUCUAACUAAUGAAGAUGAAAUAGAUGAAAUACCUAUGGUUAAAGACAUUAUAGCAGAGAUGCAAAAAAAUGAACCUGAAGAAGAAUCAGAUCUUGAGAUUGAUAUUAAAGUUUUUUCAGAACUUAAGCGAAUGCGAAAAGAGCUUGCUUAUCUGGUGAAAAAUAAUUCUAAACAAACAAAAUUAGACUCAUUUUUUAUUGAUGAAUAA